AUGCCAUCUUCAGAAAGCGGAGAGGAGGAUGAUCCACUGUAUAUCGACCAAGAUGAUGCGCAAAGCUUCAUGCAGCCGUCAUUGAGUCCGGAGGCGACCCGGCUCACUUCUCCUCGGACCCCGGCGGCGGAAAAGGCGGCUGCAAUGGAGAGGCUGCAGGGGGGCGGGUUGUUUGACGUUAUCGAGGGCUCUGCUAUUUCAGGCCCAGUGCCUAGCUCAGUAGAACAAGCUUCAGGUAGCGCAAGGGGACUGUCACUGGGACAACUGCCAACGAGCCCAUACCGGUUCCCAUCUCCGUGGCAAGCCGGGCCCAAACAGCUCGUAAUCCAGGACGAUCGUGAGACAAGGCCGUUUUCAGGCAUCGCUGGUCACGCUAGGGACCGCAGUUCUUCGUCUGGGGGAAAUGAUGCUCUGAAGAGGAUACGCGAGGCUUUCCCAUCAAUCAACUUGCCCCCUAAUUUCUUCUCUGGCCUCACAUCGCCUACCUUCUUCUCGGGCUCAUCUGGACACAAGAAUCAGACCCCAGACCCGAAACGUUCCACUCUGGCGCUUGAUGGAUCCGCUGAGUCACGGCAAGCCGCGCCCUUGAACUCGGCAAAGCCCGAGGUUCAAGUAACGCCGCCGUCGACAUCGCGGCCACGAACUGUUCGUAGAUCAACAUCUGACGAGUCGAUGCUCUAUCACUCACUAUCGCGAGUUUCGUCCUUUGGAGAUGAUAACCGAUGGGGCCAUAUUCGCGAGCAGACCAAUAGCAGACUCAAAGCCAUUAAAGAUAGUUGGGAUAGGCCUACAUUCAAGAUGCCCCAGCUGCCCGACUUCUUACCCGCACCGUUGAAGAAGACAUCGGAUUCGAUGUCUUCUCCUGGAUUACCACAUAUUGGGUCAGCCCCAAGAGAUGGGACCAUGUCCGACCUCGACCAGGCACUCGAGUCCCUGACAGGUGACGUCGUCAUCAUGGGCGGAUACAGAGGUUCCAUUCUCCGCUCCACAAAGACCAACCGUCAAGUUUGGGUGCCUGUGAAAGUGGGACUGAACAUUCGCAAGGUCAACCUGGAGGUUGGCCUGGACCCCGAAGACGAAGAACGGAUGGAGGAGAACAUCUAUGCUUCUGGGAUGCUUCAAAACAUCGGACCCGUGGACAUUUCGAAACGACUUUUCAAGCGGCUCAGGGAAUGCGACAACGCCAAAUCAGGGAAGUUAAGAGUUUGGGAUUACGGGUGGGACUGGCGGCUUAGCCCUCGAUUAUUAUCGCGGAAGCUGAUCUCGUUCUUGGAACAACUACCCUCUAACCAGGCCAGUCAACAAGGCGACAGAGGUGCAACCGUCAUCGCUCACAGUCUCGGGGGCCUUAUCACACGCCACGCCGUCAAUCAGCGCCCUGAGCUCUUUGCUGGAAUUAUCUACGCCGGAACUCCAAAGACGUGUAUCAAUAUCCUGGGACCCAUACGAAACGGAGAUGCGGUACUGCUCAACGAGAAAGUGCUCACGGCGCAGGUCAACUUUAGCCUGAGGACCACUUUCGUUUUCCUGCCUGAAGAUGGCUUCUGCUUUAUUAAUAAGAAUAAUGGCGAACAGUUCCCGGUUGAUUUCUACGACCCUAAAGAAUGGGCCAAGUAUUGCCUUUCACCAUGUAUAGAGCCGGCGUUACCCCCUUAUACUGCUCGACAAAGUUCGCUGGGAUCGCUGCUGAACCUUGGCAAUAGCUUGCCCAGUCUUCCCCUUCGAACCCGAGGCAACAGUUCAGCCUCCGAGACUCGCCGUCCUCCGUCGCCGAGAAACGUUGCAGCCGAUGCCACUCGAAGGGCCGAGGUGCAGAAUGAUCACACUAUAGCACCACAAAUGGGGACCAAGCACAACAACACCAGGGCCCAGCAACAACAAGGACCCGAGAACAUCACGACACGAAACAAGAGCAUGGAAUAUCUGACGCGCACUUUGGCGGAAACGAAACAGUUUCGGGCAGAGCUAGCCCACCAACCCCGGUUUACGGAAGCAAACUUAUACCCACCAAUGGCGGUGAUGUACGGGAAAGAUACUCCUACCGUCUACGCAGCUCAUGUUCCUUGCCGCGAAGCUAUAGCUUGCGCUGAUGUAUACGACAACCUCCUCUUCCAGAGUGGUGAUGGGGUCGUGUUAGCAAGGCAAGCAAUGUUGCCCGAGGGAUUCGAUGUAGUAAAAGGCGGGCGAGUGAGCACAGAUCGUGGACACAUCACAAUACUCGGCGACCUUGAAGCGGUAGGGCGAGCUCUCGGCGCUGUGGUGAGAGGUCGUCAAAAGGGAAUUGGCUUGGGCCUCCAAGGCCAUGGAGGAGAGGCCACAAGUCAAAGAGGUAAUCCUGCCAUGAGGAACGAAGUAUGAAUUCAUGCAUUUGGAUAGACUACGAAGAGCUCACAAACGGGCAACCAGAUUGUAAAGUACAGAAAAGUAGAUUUAGAUGUGACACCACGACUGUAAGGAUGGAUGAUUAUGAUUAGUAGAUGCGCCGAAUUUGUCACAUAAGCAAUAUAGUAUACCUUGUCUGUG